CUGAUUAAUAGACGAACUGAGCUCAUUGGAAAAUACUUUCCCUAAAACAGAAACAGCAGCUGUCAAUCUCUAUUUGAUAUUUCCAGCAGCAGAAGUUUUUCUAAAGGACAGGACAACAACAGAAAUAUACUAAGCAAGAUUAUGAAGAAAUCUUUUAAUAAGACAACCAAGGAUUCCAGCUCUCCAAACUCAAGCAAUCUCUCAGAACCCUAUAUGUCUACAAAGGAGAUCAUAAACACAAAACCUUUCUCAUGUUCUGAAUGCGGGAAAAGUUUUAGAGGGCACUCACAUCUUGUUUCACAUCAGAGAACCCACACAGGAGAGAAACCUUUCUCAUGUUCUGAAUGUGGGAGAUGGUUUAGACAUAACACAUCUCUAGUUUAUCAUCAGAGAGUUCACACAGGAGAGAAACCUUUCUCAUGUUCUGAAUGUGGAAAAUGUUUUAGCGUGCACUCACAUCUUGUUUCACAUCAGAGAACCCACUCAGGAGAGAAACCUUUCUCAUGUUCUGAAUGUGGGAAAUGUUUUAGCGGGCACUCAAAUCUUAUUACACAUCGGAGAACCCACUCAGGAGAGAAACCUUUCUCAUGUUCUGAAUGUGGAAAAUGUUUUAGAGGGCACUCACAUCUUGUUAUACAUCAGAGAACCCACACAGGAGAGAAACCUUUCUCAUGUUCCGAAUGUGGGAGAUGGUUUAGACAUUACACAACUCUAGUUACACAUCAGAGAACUCACACAGGAGAGAAACCUUUAUCAUGUUCUGAAUGUGGGAAAAGUUUUAGCGGACACACAAAUCUUGUUUCACAUCAGAGAACCCACUCAGGAGAGAAACCUUUCUCAUGUUCUGAGUGUGAGAAAUCUUUUAGGUGGCACUCAAAUCUUGUUAAACAUCAGAGAACUCACACAGGAGAGAAACCUUUCUCAUGUUCUGAAUGUGAGAAAUCUUAUAGGUGGCACUCAAAUCUUGUUUCACAUCAGAGAAUCCACACAGGUGAGAAACCUUUCUCAUGUGCAGAAUAGAAAAAUAGUUUUGUCAGUAAACCAGAUUUUGUUAAACAUCAGAUAACUGACACAGUAGAGUUUUUAUAAUGUGUUUAUAAAUUAACAUGGGAAUAAAACCUCUAAUACUGUGAAUUGUUCUCACCCUGACACAAUAUAUAAUACCUUUGACAGUAGCAAUGUAUAAAUGAUGCAUUGGUGUUGCGAUUGUGAUAACUCUACAGAGCCCCUCUCUACUU